UGUACUGAAGUAGAGUAGCAACUCUGUUAAUCAGGAAAAAUCAGCUGACUAAUAACACUGUUUCUGGUCGUGAGCAUCCGCAAUGUUUUAUUUAUCGAAAAUUUAAGAACUGCUAAAAGAUUUAACCAAUCAAGAGUGAUACAUCGUGGCUAAUAUUUCAUCGCAGUUCAAAAUCAAACAGCAAAUAUAGAAACUUAAAAUUUAUUUCCAAGAAUAUACUUGAUUAAAAUCCCAAACGCAAUGGGAGGCGGAGAUUUGAACUUGAAGAAGUCGUGGCAUCCGCACACUAUGAAAAACCAAGAAAAGGUCUGGAAAGCGGAGCAAGCCAAAUCACAAGAAGACAAGAAACUUAAAGACUUGCGAAGAGAGAUGGAAGAAGAAAAAACUCGGGAAGAACUUAAACAGAUUGGUCGAAAUUCUGGCAUACUUCCGCAAGAAGACAAAAAGUUGGAAUGGAUGUAUAAAAACAGUACGGAGUUAAUAAAUCGUGAAGAAUAUCUUCUUGGUAGAACCAUUGACAAAUCAUUUGAGGCACUGCAAGCUGAGGAACAACGGAAGGAUCAAAACUUGGUUGGUGUGAAACAAUCUAUAAAUCAUGUUGAACAUGAGUGCAUACCUUUCUCUAUACGAGCUUAUCGUAAUAUGGAAUCAACGGAACAGGUUGAUUUGCAGCGUAAAGUUAUGGAGGAUCCUUUAAUGCUAAUUAAACAACGUGAAAUGGAGUCGAGAAAAAAAAUUUUGGAGAAUCCAGUAAAAUUAAAGGAACUACAUCGUAUUCUCAAGACUGAUGAGAUGCUUAAAAAGUGUAAAAAAUCCAAAAAGUCGAGGAAAUCAAAGAAAAAACAUAAAAAGCGAUCUAAAUCAUCACCAGAAAGCACAUCUAAUUCCUACUCAGACAGUGCUACUGCAGUAGAUUUAGAUAAGGAGUUGGCAAAAAAAUAUAAAAAAUUGAAUAAGGAAGAAGACUUUUCUGUAUUAAGCCUCUCAAAGUUAAUGGAUGCUAAAUUUGAGACUAUCACGAAAGAGUUGGAUAAAGCGGCAAAAAGUAGGAGCAGAAAAGACCGUCGAGAUCGCUCGUUCAGCAACGAUCGUGACGGCAGCAAUUAUAGAACAAAACAGUCGAGACAUCGCAUAAGAAGGGAAAGUGAAACUUAUUUUAAUAGAAAUGGAAACCCACAAAAAUCCAGACACUCGCGUUCCAGAUCACCGAAAAACUGCAAUGCAAGUGCAACACGAUCACCCGCAGAGCCGCGAAAACGUCAGUUUUCCAGUUCACCUUCAAUGGAGAAAGAAAAGGAGAAAUUUUCAGAAAAUAAAUGGAAUUGCUCGAAUGAUCAGGAAGGAAGGUCGAGAGUUCAAGAGUACAAAAAGCAACAAAGGUAUCAAAAUCAUAUAAGCUCUCGUUCCAAAUCACCCCAAGAGCGCAAUCGUGGACGUUAUUCACGUUCCAGUCGCUCAAUAAAUAAAGACAGUGGUAGUAGAAAGAGAAAACACUCAAGUGAUCACGAAAGGAGGCCAAGAGUUACAGAUUUCAAGAAUUAUGAAAGAAGGCAAAAACAUAAAAUCUCUCGGUCGAAAUCACCUCAAAUUCACAAAGGCCAACAUCGCUCAGCAACGCGGUCGCCUAAAGAUCCAAGAAGAAGGCAACGUUCGAGGUCCCCAAGCAAAUAUUCACGUUCACCACAGCGGCGGCAAAGGUCCAGAGAUCGUAAUGAAACUAUCAGGCGACAUGCCAAGACUGUUGAAAGUAAAAGCACAAGCUCUAAAAAAAAAAUAAGCGAUGCGGAAAAGGAGGCACGAUUGCGCGAAAUGAUGGAAAACGCCAGUUGGCGGGAGGAAGACCGCGUGAAAUCAGUUCAAAAGCAUCGCGAAUCAAAUGCCAGAGAAGAAGAAAAGUACAAAUCGCAAGAAUUCGAUAAAGAAUUUAUCAACAAAGAAGUAAAAAAGGCGAUUGCAAUUCAAUCCUCAGUUGGAUCACGAAUACGUUCAAACUUGAACAAUAUACAACGCACUUCUGCUGCCAUGAACUCAAACUUUACGAAAAAGUAAACAUUUACUUUAUGUUCUGGAAAUUUUCUUAAUUAUGGGUACAAAUCUGCAGAUACAAAAUUUACAGAAUUCCUUCCAGACACUCCCAUUAUAUUGUAUUUAUUUUUUCUAAGUUAAAAAAGAUAUUAAAUUGUGCAAGUUUAUAGGUAUUUUUAUUCAA